UGCCAUAAUCCAUAUCUGUCUGGUGGUAGUUAAUACAAAGGUAUUGAGGUAUUUAAUUCGAAUAAAGAUCGCAAAAAACUAUUGUUCAAUCACUUCGUUAACACUACGUGUUCAUUUGCUUGUUAUAUUUUUUUAAAAAUCGUUGUGUGAUAAAUAUAAUUUCUAUAAUGUCUAACACAUACACGUGCAUAACAUGCCAAGUGAUUUUUAAAACGGCUGAUCUACAACGUGAACAUUAUAAAUUAGAUUGGCACAGGUAUAAUUUAAAAAGAAAAGUAGCUUGUAUUCCUCCAGUGACAUUGGAAGAAUUUGAGCAAAGAGCUAAAGAACAUAGAGAACAAGCACAAAAUGUUGAACGCGAUGAGUCCUCAUACUGUAAAUAUUGCUCAAAAUCGUUCAACACCAAAAAUGCUUUUAAUAACCAUUUAAAUAGCAAGAAGCACAAGUUGGCCGAAGAAAGAAAUUUAUCUUAUGUAUCUAAUGGCCAGAAGAAAGUAGAAGAAGAAAGUCACACUGACUCAAAUAGUUUUGAAAAAAUUGAUAUAACACCCAAUCAGUCUAGUGAGAUUGUUGUUAUUAAUGCAGAGAAUUCUAGUGAAGAAGAAAUUGACACCGAAUCUGAAAUUGAAGAGCUUGACUCUGAUGAAUGGGAAGAGUGUCGCAUCAAGGGUAGUGACUCCCUUAUCCAUCAAAAUGACUGCCUGUUUUGUGGUCAUCACAGCCGCACCAUAGUCAAGAACUUGGAACACAUGGGUGUAAAGCACUCAUUCUUUGUCCCUGACGUGGAAUACUGUGUGGACAUGAAAGGUCUUCUCUUAUAUUUGGGAGAGAAGAUAUCUCAAGGAUUUAUGUGUCUAUGGUGUAACGAAGCCGGCAAAACCUUUUACUCCAUGGAGGCAGCUAGAGCUCACAUGAUAGAUAAAGGACACUGUAAAAUGCUGCAUGAAGGUCUUGCCCUAGCUGAAUAUUCAGACUAUUAUGACUAUAGUGCAUCAUAUCCUGACAAUGAAGAUGGCGAGAAUAUGGAUGUGGAUGAGGAAGUUGAAGGUCCUACACCAUUGGAAACAAGUAAUUUAGAACUGGUACUGCCAUCAGGCAUCACAGUUGGACAUCGGUCACUUAUGAAAUAUUACAAGCAAAAUCUGUCUUAUGAUAGUCAGGCUUUAGUAAAGAAAUCUGACCGCAAACUGCAUCGUGUUCUGGGAGUUUACAGAGCAUUGGGAUGGUCUCCAAAGGAGCGAGCCGAGGUUGCCAAGAAAGCUCGUGAUAUUCACUUCAUGAAACGUGUGCAAUCCAAGUGGCAGAUGAAGAUGUCCAUGAAAAACAACAAGUUCCAGAAACAUUACCGACCACAAGUCAUUUUCUAAAACAUUUAUUUUAUUAUCAAGCUAUACUUUAACAAUUAUUUGGUAAUAAAUAUAUAUAUUUUAUUGAUUUAAAUUUUUUUUAGUUUCUGAUGUACUGUUAUGAGUUUUGAGAUAUUCAUAUUAAAAACCAAAAAAAUUGUAAAAGUAUGCUUUGAAUAUAUUGCAAGAUAAAUCAUAUUUAUGUCAAUAAAAUAUUAAGACACGAGUUUUUGACAAUAUCAUAAUUUGUGUAAAUAAGAAUCUUAAAUCUAUUACAAUGUAAAAGUUUUUAGAAACAUGCAUUCUGCAUUACAGAUAAUAUUCUGAAUUAUAUCUGUCACUGACACAUAUUUUGUAAAUUGUAUAUUGUCUAUAUGCAACUUAUGAGAUUGAAUAUGUUAGAAUUUUAAUACAAAAUUUUUGUUUAAACUAAUGUACACAUUAAACUUGUGUACACAAUUGGACCAUUGUGUCAUUGCAACAACAAUAGUUAAUUUGACAAAAAAAUUAUUAAUACAGUUAAUUUCUAUAAGACUAACUGUAACUUGUUCAAGAGGGCUGUGUAUAAUGCACCAUUAAAUACUUUUUUUUAAUUUUCGUUUACUUCUAACUUAUUUAAGUGCUAUUUGUAAACCUCAAUGCUUUGGUGCGAUAGUUCUGAUAACAGGCUAUAAUUUGUAUGAACCAAAAAUACUGAAUAUUGUUGAAAAAUAAAAACGAAGGCUGGA